ACCGCUAGCACCGGGGAAAUGGGCUAUGGAAAGAUUUCUCACCACCCUGCAUAAGACCUUAGAGACAAUGCCAAGUGUCAUGGUGGCAUUUAAGCCUGCCUUAACUUUCGGGCCUCCACUGCCAUGUAUGUGAGAACUUGAUGGCAUCUCCUGCUUCAUUAGCAUCAACAAGGAGCAGAGGAGCACUGACUGUAGGAAGGUAAUGGGACGAAAGAAAUGUAUACCUUUCUGGUCCUUAUAAUCCUGGCUGUGAGUCCCUACAUCUGUAAAGGCCAACAUGAGAACGCCUGCGACGUUUUCCCUAAAGAUCAGUACCUUGAAGUGGGAUCUGACAUCAACAUUGUUUGCCAGACUUCAUGUAUCCAGGGCAAAAUUUUCUGGACACUGAACAACAGACACAUCAAAGAAAGCCUGUCAAACACAACCAACUCUACACACACGGUCCUGUCUCUGAGGAACUUCACCCACCACAGUGCUACACUGGAGUGCCACAGUGCAGCUACUCAGCAGGUCCUUGGAGGCACCACCAUCAGGACGUACUCAAAACCCGGCAAAAUAUCAUGUCUCUUGAAAAACAGAAAUCAGGAAUUGGAAGGUUCACCAGACCUGUUCAUCUGCAAAUGGGACCAUCAGAUUAAUUCUUCAUUGAAAAUAGAAUACAUUGUGCUGUGUGGCUCUUCCCAGAGCGAGCUCUGCAGCUCAUAUACAACAACAUGCACAGUCGACAUUACUCCAGGCUCAAAUACAAUAAAUCUAUAUGAGAUGCUCAAUAUUACUGUGAGAGCUAAGACUACUGCUUGGCAAGCUGACUCUGACCCUUAUAUACGUAACCCAGAGCACAUAUUGCAAAUUAUCCGUCCGACGAUAAACGUAACUCCCUCCUCUGACGAUCUGUUGGUCAAAUGGAAGCGGUCACUUUUUACAAGUGAGUGUCACUGUCAAGUCAAUUACAGCAAGGCUGUCAGUGGAAGAACUCCAGAGUCGGUGAUAAUCAAUAAGACUGUUGAGAAGCACAGCAGUGGGGCGGUGACGAUUACAAAAGUGGAAUCCUGCAGUAACUACACAUUUUCAGUCCGCUGUGCUUUACCUAAGGCUCCCUGGAGUGACUGGAGUAAGGAGAAGACAGUCCUGACCAAACUGAACAAGAGUGAUGUCAAGCUGCACCUGUGGAGGAAAGUAGCUGAACCGCAGGAAAAUGGAGUUAGACGAGUUCAUGUCAUGUGGAAGGAGGUUCCUUCUACAUGCGAAGAGACAUUUACCUACGUUAUCAAACAGACUCCCUAUAAAGAGCAAAAGAUGGGAGUCAACCAAUGUGGCAGAUCGCCUUGUGAUGUUUAUGUGAACCAAGAUGCACACAGAAUAAGUCUCAACCUCUUCAGUAAAGAUGCCCUGUUUGUGGAGGAGUCUGUUUAUGUUCCAGCCGUUGGAGAGAGCCUCCCUCAAGUUACCGACAUCCAGACGUCAACAUACGAAGGCGUUAUUCUGGUCAGCUGGGAAGCUCUUACUCAUCCUGUCAGUGGUUACAUGAUCGAUUGGACCCAUGAUGGAAAUCAAUAUCACUGGGAGGAGAGCAAAUAUACGAACACAACACUCUCUGACCUUCUGGAUAAGACGCCAUACAAUAUAACAGUAACUCCCCUCUUUGAUGACAAGACAGGCCAUGCUACACAAGCCCCUCAGAUCUGCUCCAGAGUAGGAGAUCCAGGAAAUGUUACUAUGAAUGUUACGGCCUACGACAAAAGUGCCUUUGUGAGCUGGAGUGUGACGUCUCAGGAGAUCUGCAGCGGUGUCGUUGUCAACUACACUGUUUUCUACAGUACACAGAAAGGACCACAGCUCAAUGUUACUGUAGACGGCACAAAGCAGGACAUCUUUUUGAAAGAUCUGAAUCCAGACACCCGAUACACCAUCUAUGUCACGGCCACAGCUCUUACUGGAACUACUAACAGCAGUGAGACACACUUUAAAACCCAAAAGUUUGGUCCGGGGCUCAUUGCAGCAGUCAGUGUGUGCGGCAGCAUCAUUAUACUUCUGGUGCUGUCACUUGGAUUGUACUGUGCUGUUCAGUGGGAGAAAUUCAGGGAGAAGCCGGUGCCAGACCCUGGCCGCAGUUCUGUGGCUUUGUUGCUAUCGCCAAGUCAUCAAGAGGGAAUAUACACCUUCCCGCCAUUCAGCAAUCCACCCGAAAGCAUCUGUGACAAGGUUUACACAGAGGAAACUCAGACAAUAGCCACCUCUCCACAAGCCACAGGCAGUAAUGAAACCCCAGCCAGCGUCCAGACAGAGGAAUACGUCGAUCCAGCCACGGUUCCAGUGCUGCACUUACAGAAUAAAGACCCAGUCGAGGCUGUGGAGACACAACACUUAUCCUCUCCUGAUGAUUCCACCGCACUGCUUCCUUCAGAGACCUCCCCGGUCAGCCCGUAUCGAAGCCAGACUCCUGUGCACAGUCCUACCAGUAAAGAAUUGAAGCAAGUUCCACCAAAACAACCAGAGAAGACGAUGCCGAUGACGGUUUAUGUCACUUUGAACAUGUUUGAACAAGGCCAGGCCAGGUGAGGAAAAUGGAAAGACAAAACAAUGAAAACAUUCCAAGAUUCAAGAAAAAUGAAUGAGCUCUGUGGAAACCAGGCAUCAUUAACAUUGCCAAAGACUUGCAUGAUUGUGUGUGGCAUUUUCCUGCCUGGCACUGCUUCCACUGCGGGGUGAAAGCAGAAGAUUGUAAUCUUGUAUCAGACUUCCUAACCCAGGUCAUAAAAUGUAAUGUUAUGUGUAAAUAAAAGUACAUUGUGCUAAUGCUACUGCAAACAUGAUAUUUAUAGCUAAACAAUGUGUGUAGUAACUGCUUUGCUGAGUCUGCUUGGUGUCUUCUGCAGAGCUAAUUAUAUGGAGAUAAGUGUAUAUCCCUCCAGCAACAGUUUUUGGUCUCAGUUGAUGCAUCUACGCCAUAAUGUGUUCAGAACUCUGAAAAGAAACUGAAACUGGGGCCUAAACUAUGCAGCAGAGGUUGAAAUCAUAAAACAAAUAUGUGGAUGUACAGACUGUAUUAUAUUAAACCAUAAAGCACAGGUUUGUCCAGUGAUAGCAGCACUGAGAUUUUUUAUAUUAUGUUGUAAAUACCACAAUAUUAGCUGUGUAAUAUAAUGAGCUUCCCAUGUGUUUCCUGUUAUCAGUCACAUCUGCUCCUUGUAAAACAAUAUUUAACUGCUCACAUGACACCAGAAACCUGACUGCAAUUCUUCCUGUAUGACUUGGCAUCCGAUAUAACAGUGACCUAUACAUAUAAGCUGCUUAAUAGUGUCACAUUUAUUGUUGGGCAGCAGAUUUUAAAUGUCUGAGAUAGCUUUGUCCUUUGUCAAACUCAUGCAUUAUUUAUUACAUUUGUUAAAUGGUUCAAACUUUAUUAACUAUCAAAGUAUGCUGCAAUGUUUAGUAAAUAUUCACCAAGUUAAACAGGUUAAAAACUGGCAUUUGUUUUUACUGAUCAUGUAAUAAUAACAUACAUGAGCAAGACUUCUAAAGAGGAACAUUACAAUGGACAAAAAUAUUAAAUAAAUUACAUUUUGUGUUUUGCAA